UUCUGGAAAUAUGCAUAAAACCUAAUGGCUUGCACACAGUCGCAAACUCAUUAACAUUGUUUGACAUAUAUUUGUCGGAAGUUCAAUUAAUAGUUUGAAUAUUUUCAAUGAGGAAAUAUUUUUCUACCGGGAGAUGAUUCUGUAUCAACUAGAAUGUAAAAACAAGAGAUAUGAGAAGUUUCUAUCUGUGUUAUUGGACAUUCGUUGUACCAAGACUGUUCUGCAAUGAAGUACGAUCCGGGGAAAAUGCAUUGGAGUGCACUGAAGUGAAGAACGGGACAAGCAAAUGUUGCGCUGAUUAUAUUUGGAAGAGUAAUAGUAAUAAGUGUGAAAAGUGUAAUCCAGGGUAUGUUGGCAUCAAAUGCUCCGAUCAGUGUCCAAAAGGUUUUUACGGGGACGGAUGUUACUAUAAAUGUCACUCUGAAUGUAGUGAAUGUCAUUAUGUAACAGGAGAAUGCUUUACAUCCACAACAGAUGCAGUUACAGAAAACAAAACUGAGGUGACACUGUCAGCAUUUACACAGUUACGACUCGAGAAAUCAACAAAGAAGGACAUAUGGACAACAAUAAUAAUUACUGUUGGGUCUAUGGUUAUUUUCUUAUUGGUUUGUUUUCUACUUAUCCAUCUUCAUAAGCUGUUUAAACAGAAAAGAUUAUUUGAAGUAACACAUAAUACUGAGCAGUUUAUGAAUGGACAAAGUGUACCCGUGUACGAACAAAUUAAUGAAUCAAACAUGUUGAGAAAUACGAUAGUCUUGGAAAUACAUGAUGAUAUCUCUCCUGUCGAAUAGCUUUGUGUAUUUUCUAUCACAAUGUUUGUAUUAUAAAAAA